GCCGACUGGGGGGCUGGUGGGCUCGAAAGGGUAAAAAACGCGAAAAUUUAGCGGGAAAGUAUUUAUGGCCCGGAAAGGUCACUGUUGUCACAUUUCCUCCAGGUUUUCCUCCCAGAAAAGUUCUUCCUCUUCCUCUUUUCUCCUCUUCUUCUUUCUUCUCUCCUUCCUUCCUUCCCAUCCCCCAUCUUCUCGAGAAAAAAAUCCAGUCUUCUUUCUCAAGACCAACCCACCCCAUCACAAUGGCCUCUUCCCGUGUCUUCGCCAGCCGUCUGGCUUCCACCAUGGCUGCCACCUCCAAGGUCGCCCGCCCUGCCGCUCGCGUUCAGCUCAACGCUGUCGCCCCCAAGCGCACCUUCACCACCCAGAAGAAGAUCAACAUGACCCCCUUCCAGACCGUCAAGCGUCAGUCUCCUUCCGGCCUCAUCCAGGCCAACGCCCGCCAGGCUUUCGCCGCCCAGGGCCGCCGUCAGUACUCCUCUGAGAUCGCCGACGCCAUGGUCCAGGUCUCCCAGAACUUGGGUAUGGGUUCCGCUGCCAUCGGUCUCGGUGGUGCCGGUAUCGGUAUCGGUCUCGUCUUCGGCUCCCUCCUCCUCGCCGUCUCCCGCAACCCUGCCCUCCGUGGUCAGCUCUUCUCCUACGCCAUUCUUGGUUUCGCCUUCGUCGAGGCCAUUGGUCUGUUCGACCUGAUGGUUGCCAUGAUGUGCAAGUACGUCUAAAUUUAACGCAACCACUUUUCUCCCACGACAAUCGAGCCGCAUAUCAUAUCUCCUAGCGAAGCGUUUGCGGUGUCCGGCAAAUCUUGGAAGGGAUCGAAUUUUUUUGUGAGAUGAA